AUGACAGAGAACGUGGUGAGAAGGAAACUAGUCAUCAUAGGCGAUGGUGCAUGCGGCAAAACUUCUCUUCUAUAUGUUUUCGCUCUUGGAAAGUUUCCUAAAGAAUACCAUCCCACCGUAUUUGAAAACUACGUCACGGACUGCCGAGUCGAUGGAAUAAAAGUGUCUUUGGCGUUAUGGGAUACUGCGGGCCAGGAAGAGUACGAGCGCCUACGGCCAUUUUCCUACUCAAAGGCCAACGUAAUACUGAUAGGUUUCGCGAUAGAUGAUGCCGAAUCGUUACUUAAUGCACGCACAAAGUGGACUGAAGAAGCGUUACGUUACUGCCCUGAGGCUCCGAUCGUCCUUGUGGGUCUCAAGCGGGACUUGAGAAAGAGCGAAUCGUCGCACAAGUUCGUGACGAGAGAAGAGGCCGAGCAAGUGGCUCGCGCUAUCGGAGCCAAGAAAUACAUGGAAUGCAGUGCCCUCGAUGGCAGCGGCGUCGAUGACGUUUUUGAACUAGCAACUCGAACUAGCCUUUUAGUUAACAAGGAGCCGGGCCAAACUUGCUGCCUAAUUGCAUGA